GCACCCAUUCAUAACAACAACACGAUAGUAAAUUCGCUGACGUAUACGCGCCAUUUACACAAGCACAUCGACAAAGUACAGACACCGGCCGGUGAAACUCCUCGAAGAAAAUUCCAAGAUUACGACACGAGUGUCGAAUUUCAUCUUCUAACUUGAACCUGAAGUGGGACUUCAUAUAAAAGCCAAGAUGGGCGACGACAGAAAGCCAGAAUAUGAUGCAAAGUACGAAAUGGCUCCUCAAUCAGAAGCCGAUCUCGAAAAAGGCGAAGUGAAGAUCGCUGAUCCCAGCGAUGAGAAGAAAUCUGCCGAAGAGGAUAAUGAAUGGGGUGGCUUGAAUAAAGCCGAGUUGCUUGAAGUUGCCGACACACCGUUCUGGAAUUGGACCCGUAACAUCUUGCUGAUUCUUUUCUGGAUCGGUUGGAUUGCGAUGCUUGUUGCUGCGAUUGUUAUUGUGGUGAAAGUACCCCGAUGCCCAGAAGUUGAGUGGUGGGAAAAGAGUGUUUUCUACCGAGUUGUGCCCCAAUCAUUCAAGGAUAGCAACGGUGAUGGUUAUGGCGAUCUCAAAGGACUGACCAAGAAACUAGACUAUGUUACAGGAAUUGGUGCUGGUGUGUUGGUACUGUCUUCCAUCUACAAACAGUCUGAACAGCAACAGGACCUGGGUCAAGAGGUUGUGGACUUCACCAAUGUGGACUCCCGUCUGGGAACUCUCGAAGACUUUGAUGCCUUGAUGAACGCUGCUGAAGGUCAAGGGCUGAAAGUGAUCUUAGAAUUUGUCCCAAACCAUUCCAGUGAUGAGCAUCCUUGGUUCUUGGCCAGUCGUAACAGGACUGGCAACUACAGCGAUUACUACGUAUGGGAAGAUUGUGAUCAAGCUAACCCACCAAAUGAUUGGCUCAACAAGUAUGGUGACUCUGCAUGGACCUAUGAUGCUGUCAGGGGUCAGUGCUACUACCAUUACUUGACAACAGAUCAACCAGACCUCAACUACGACAACAUCAACGUCCAGAUGGCCAUUCAGGAUGCCCUCAAGUUCUGGUUUGAGCGCAAGGUUGAUGGCUUCGUUUUCAGUGAUGUUGAUUACAUCUAUGAAUCUGGUGAUGUCGCCACAGCCCUUGGCAAUCGUCGCCGCCGCCAAGCAGGAAAUGAGACUCAAACUCCAACUGCAAGUCCAGCUAGUUCUACAACUGUUGCAAAUCAGCCAGAACCCACCAGCGAGCCAGAACCAACCAGUGAACCAGAGCCUGCUACUCAACCAGAAUCAAAUGACCCAUCUGGAAGCGGGGCCUCGGCUACGCAAUACUCCUGUGUUGGUGAUUCUUGCCCUGGUGUCCAAGCCAAACUUCACAACCUCCUUGUAAGCUGGAGAGAAGUCUUCAACGACAAAAGCUACCUUGGAAAGUACAGGCUCAUGGUGACGGAAACCGAGAAGGCUCCCGCAGAUGCUGUCCUCCAGUUUGGCAACGGAACCCGCGAAGCAGACUUGGUGAUCAACCUUGGCUUUGCUAAGGCUAUAGAUGGCGCCCCAACAGUUGACGCUAUCCAGGGUGCUGUGGCAAGCUGGUUAGCUGCCAAGGAUGAUGAUGCUUUUGAAAACAGAUGGAAUACUUGGACACUCGGUGACGAGAGCAUGUCUCGCAUCGCUAGCCGUGCUGGAGAGCAGUUUGUACGCUCACUCAAUUUCAUUCUGCUCACCCUUCCUGGAGCACCCAUCACUUACUAUGGAGAAGAGCUUGGAGCCCUCGAUACGAGUGCCGCCGGUGAUGAUGCUUUCCGUGGACCUAUGUACUGGGCCAACUUCACCAAUGGUAAUUUCACUGCAGCCAAUGCCACAGCCUGGCAGCCUCUGCCUACCAACCCCAAGUACAGUGUCGAGGUUCAAAGUAAUGACAAGAAAUCUCCAUUCUCUGUAUACAAAGAGCUAGCAAGCCUACAUGGUGAGCCAUCAAUGACCGCUGGAGAAUACACCAUGAUCCACGCCUCUGAAACUGUCUAUGCCUACCUUCGUCAGUUCCCAGAAUGGCGCGGCUACCUGGUCAUCACCAACUUUGGUUCCUCCUCCGCUCCGGUCGACUUUGAAGUGAAAGUCAAAGACCGUGUUUACACCGAAGGAAAGUUCAAGCUAAGCAGCUCCGGCAUGAUGCCCGAGAAGAAGUGGGUCACCCUGUCCCAACUUACUGUUGAACCAGCCACCUCUGUCCUUAUAGAGGUUUAACACAUGAUUCAUGAUUUGAUUUAUUAUGUCUUUGUCCAUGUUUCCCUAUUUUCUUUAGUAGUGAUCAUGAAUGCCGUCUUUCAGCUUUAGCCCAUAAUGUUUCUGUCAUUUAUUAAAAAUUUAUUCAUCCAACCAUUUUUUCUGCAUUUCUGUAGAUGAAAAGUUGCAAGGGUUCCUGCUAUGUUUUGUCUGCUCCAACUAGAAAUGGUAUUUGGAGUUUUCGUGGAGACAGACUGGUGAAACUGAAACCACUGUUAAUAAUCACUUACGUCCAGCGUUUUAUUCCUCUCUCGCACUUCAAACUUAAUGUUGAUAACCCUUUUAAUUUGUGGGAAAAUUUUUGGUGAAGGGUAAUUUUUUAUCACAAUUUAGCGCUGCCUGCGCCAUCAUUAGUGAAGAAAAAAAGAUAGUGAGAUGGCGAACUGUCUGCAUUAUUAGUUAGAAUUUCAGCACAGAAGAAGCAAAUACACAAUAGCACCAGUUUAUUGACACUUCAAGUGCUCAGUUAUUAAGUCAUUCCUGUGGGAAAAAAUGUGGAAACAUGUGAUGCUCCUUCAAGGAGAAUGACACCAACGACUGUCUGGAACAUUUUUUUUUCUCUAGAGCACUAGAAAGUAACCCCAUGUAACUGUCCCUUUUUGGAAUGUUAAGUGUACCCAUGAGAAGAAACACUCCCACAAAGCUGAUUAAUCGCCUUGGGAAAUAAAAUGGAUCUAUAUGCCUGUCCUCCGAUUUUGUGUUUGUGAUUAAAAGAUAUCAUCCCUUUCAAGUA